UUUGCGCAUUUGGCAGUGGAAAUUUUUGAGAUCUUGAAUACCAUCAACUCGGAAGAAUUUCGGGGACUGGGCACCCUCGGGCCGAUGAACUCUAAACUGGACUCGCGUCCCGGCGCGCUGGACUUGUGCUUCAAUUUACCUCUGCACCAGAACAGGCUCGAGAAGGCAAAGUGACUCGCUAGAAUCCGUCACGCAAAUUCAAGUUGACCAAGACUUAAUUCACGCGAGCGUCACGGCGAGCAUCGUUGCCUGUCCACUCCUCGUCCGCCUCUCUGCGUUGUUCUACUGAGCUUGCGAUGAGAAUCACAUUCAGCAUGUUUACAGGCGAUCAUGGAUGAGGUCGGUCUCCGAGGUCACGCGAUCGCCCCUUAUAUACCUCUUCUUGCGCCAACGUCCUCCGACCAAGCUCGAUCUCGCCCAGAAUCAACCACCCUUUCCGCCACUACUCAUCCAGAAUCAUGUCCGCCCAGGAGAUCACCGAGAACGAAAUCGACUCGCACAAGAUCACGAUCUUCACCCGCUCCUGGUGCCCGUACUGCCGCGCCGUGACCUCCCUCUUCUCGUCGGAGUUCCCCGAGGAAGCGCCGCACAUCGUCGAGCUCGAGUCUCGCGCCGACGGAGAUGCGAUCCAGAGCUACCUCGCCCAGAAGACCGGCCAGACGUCGGUUCCCAACGUCUUCAUCAACGGGAAGCAGAUUGGCGGCAACGACAAGACCCAGGCUCUGUUCCGCUCCGGCGAACUGUCCCAAUUGUUGAGCGCGUAGAUAUAUGCGUAUAAUACCUAGAUAAACUGGCUUCGAAUGUACAUUUUGUUAACCAAUUGCUCUGUGACACACCAUCAAGGCUCAGACCGAUAUAAACCCUUACGAGGAUCACCGUGAGCUGUCGGCGGGCGUGAUGAUGGGGGGCAUAUCUAUGUACCACAGGUAUGUCAGCUUCGCCGAUGCAGCGAUGGACCGCGGCCCAGGAUGAUCACAAACCUCUGGCGUCGCUCUCCUCUCGACCUUCCCCGACGGGCGAUAACUCGAAAGAACUCGGCAUAAGCAAUAGCCGCGCUCACAUCCAUGACUUCCCCGAUCUUCUGGGAUACCGAUAAAAGCAGCGCGGGGAGCGACGGGAAGGACACCUCAACCCAACGCACUUCAAUAUGUCUGUCACUCUCCCAGAACCCUUUGCCUCCAUCCCUCGCAGCUCGCUCCUAUUCGGCCUGUCGCCCGUCCACCGCCUCGAUCGCAUAUCCGCUGAUCUGAGCCCCGACGGCAAGGUCCAGAUCUGGGCCAAGCGCGAGGACUGCAACUCUGGUCUUGCGUUCGGCGGCAACAAGACACGCAAGCUCGAGUACCUACUGGCCGAUGCACUCGAGAAGGGGUGCGACACGCUGGUCUCGAUCGGUGGUGUGCAAAGCAACCACACGAGACAGGUCGCGGCGGUCGCUGCCAAAUCUGGGCUGAAGGCUAAGCUUGUGCAGGAGCACUGGGUCGACUGGACCGAUCCCGUGUACGACAAAGUGGGCAACCUGCAGCUCUCGAGACUGAUGGGCGCGGAGCCGCGUCUGGACCCGUCCACAUUCGGCAUCGAGCACAAACCGACGGCGGCGUCCCUCACCGCCGAAGUGAGUGCCGUCGGCGGGAAGCCAUACUACAUUCCAGCGGGCGCCAGCGACCACCCUCUGGGCGGGCUCGGCUUCGCACGAUGGGCUUUCGAAGUGGCCGCGCAGGAGGCCGAGCUCGGGGUCUUCUUCGAUACGGUCGUAGUGUGCUCCGUGACGGGCUCGACCCACGCGGGCAUGGUCGCAGGCUUCAAGCUGCUCGAGAAGCGCGGCGGGCCGAAGCGCAAGGUCGUCGGAAUUGACGCGAGCGCGAAGCCGGCCGAGACGCGCGCGCAGGUGCUUCGCAUCGCGCGCUUCACGGCGGCGAAGAUCGGGCUGGAGGAGAGCGAUAUCGCGGAGGAGGACGUGAUCCUCGACGAGCGGUACCACGCCGGCUGCUACGGCAUCCCGGACAAGCAGACGGUCGAGGCCAUCAAGUACGGCGCAAGCAUGGACGCGUUUAUCACAGACCCGGUGUACGAGGGAAAGAGUCUGGCAGGCAUGGUGGACAUGGUCCGCAAGGGAGAGAUCUCGCAGGGCAACGUUCUCUAUGCGCAUCUCGGUGGGCAGCUGGCCCUGAAUGCCUAUUCCGGCAUGGAAGACAAGGUGUAAUGCAGAUCAUGGUGACGGAAGAAGACAAAAAGCCGCCAGUGGCUUAUGUAAUGUAGUAGAUUAAGAUUUAAAUCUAUCAUGC